UGGGAGUUUUUGGGUUUUGCAUGCUAACCUCUAAAAUUCCUUUCAUUUGUUUUCUGUCACGGCCUCAUCUCGCUUGCAUGUUCUUUCAUUUUUCUCACCUCUACUCUGAAACUUUCACUUAUGAGCAGGAAAUCUCUCGUACUAUUAGAAAUCUUAACGACAAGGAUCUGAUACAGUCUAAUCAAUCUUCAAAGGUGCUUUAUGAACUCAACAGAAUUUCUUGAUAGUUCCUAUGGUAAAAAGAAGAUUAUUUUGUACCUUUUUCUGGNCUCUGUGAGCAGCAUAGUUUCAGGGGGAAAAAAUCUGAUAUAUUCUAGCUGGCAGAAUAUUUGCAGUCAGUUUGCCAGACCAGAAAUGCAUCAGCCUCCUGCUAAUAAAGGUAUUAUGAGCUUAGAAGAUACUGUAGCUCCAGGGGUAGAAAUGGGAGGUUUGAAGACAGUAAAACAAGUGAAAGUCACCUUUUCAGACAGAAUGUCCAAGAACUACAAGCAAAAGGAACCAUCCAUUAAUGAGUGUGUAAGGGGUGGAAGAGACAGUCCAAUUGUCAUUGAAUCUGAUGAAGAGUUUGAGGAAGGUUUCUCCUGCUUGGCUGAAGAAAAGGAAGCUAAUGCAUUGAGCAAAAAGAAUGUCUUAGCUGACAUCAACACAGAAGGAACAAAAAGGGAAAUCACUAACAGAAAGUUAGUUACUAGUGAGGGUCAAGCAGCAGUUAGCCAAGAGAAUGAGGGUGUGAGGAGAAGCACACGAGUGAGGAAGCCCAAUACAAAAUUGGAGGAGUAUGUGCUAGGCCCUCGUCCUCGGCCAAUUGACCUAUUUGCUAAUUUGACCAAAGAAGAACAAGAAGAAACCCAGCGAAUUUUGGAGAAAGCAAGGAGGCGCAAGAGAAGGUCUCUUAUGCUGUAAUCAUCAACUGAAAGCAAGACUUUUGCUUUAAGAUGUGGAAGGAAACUCCCAUAUACAUAUACCAUUUCUUGUUUCUUCUAUUUAGCUCACAAGAGGUUCGGAUUUUAUGAAUCCUUAACUAGCUUUAGCUUCAUUAUUCCAUAGCUUAACGCAGAGCAAACAAAUUACUAAUCAUUAAGCUUAUUACGAACCUCAUAUGCUUCAUGUCUCGCAUGUCAAACCAAAAGCAUUAGCCAUUAAGGUGACCCUUUUUUCUUGGGUCAACAAAGCUAGGUGAUCUAGUUUAUCAUGUAGUGUGCCUUAUGCCUAUGUAACAUGUUUCAUCAAUCAUUAAGUUCUUGCUUUUUUUUUUU